UAAAAAGGAUGAAAAAAGUUGUUUCAGAAAAGAAAGGGACAGCAAGAGAAUGAGUGAGAAUCAUGUGAAGUGCCGCCGCGUACACACACAUACACAUUCACUCUCUCUCUCUCUUAACUUGUCUGUUAAAUUCAACAAAAACACACCCUUUGUGAGAACUUGUUGUUGUUGUUGUUGUUCAAUGGCUGCAACAGCUUCAAGGUUCAUCAAGUGUGUGACAGUCGGGGAUGGAGCUGUAGGCAAAACUUGCAUGCUCAUUUGCUAUACAAGCAACAAAUUCCCCACGGACUAUAUUCCAACGGUGUUUGAUAAUUUCAGUGCAAAUGUGGUUGUUGAAAACACAACUGUCAAUUUAGGCCUCUGGGACACUGCUGGGCAAGAGGAUUACAACAGGCUGAGGCCAUUGAGCUACAGGGGGGCAGAUGUCUUUGUCUUGGCUUUCUCUUUAGUUAGCCAUGCAAGCUACGAAAAUGUGUUGAAGAAGUGGGUUCCUGAACUGCAGCAUUUUGCUCCUGGUGUCCCAGUGGUGCUAGUUGGCACCAAAUUGGAUCUUCGAGAAGACAAGCACUAUUUGGCUGAUCAUCCUGGUCUGGCGCCUGUGACUUCUGAGCAAGGUGAGGAAUUGCGUAAACUGGUCGGAGCUACGUAUUAUAUAGAGUGCAGCUCAAAGACUCAGCAGAAUGUGAAGUCAGUUUUUGAUGCUGCUAUCAAGGUGGUCAUCGAGCCUCCACAAAAACAUGAGAAGAAGAAAAAACCACGUCGAGGGUGUCUACUAAAUGUCAUCUGUGGAAGGAAUAUAGUUCGUUUCAAAUGAAACAUUUCAUCCAAAGGCUUUUCUUGGGAGGGAGAAGCACUGUCAUCAUCAUUCUGUAAAAAAAUUUAAAUUGGCUUUUUUAAUUUGCUGAUAGGGUUAUGUUUUGAGGAAAUACUAAGUUUUUUUUCGGUGCAAAUUUUUUGUAAGGAAAGCACAGUCAAAGCCAAUUAAUUAUUCAUGCCAAGCUAUUAUUUUGCUUCGGUUGAUAUCAUCAACUAGAUAAUGUAAUCAGUACAAAAUUUCA